CUGGUGAAGUCAGCGGCGCGUCCAGUCUGUCUCCAGUGGGUCCGGUGUUGACCAAGCGCCGAUAAAAUACCUAGCUAAAAGCUGCACUUCCAGCACUGACGGACCUGACGGACCUGAGUCUGUGGGCGGGUCUUUGAAAGCACAAUGUGGGGCAUUUGCAGCAGAACCGUGGUGAAGGUGGGAAUGGCGAAACCCUGUGGCCUAAUGAAACCCUGUCACUUGGUGAAGCCUGUAUCAGCGACUCGGGUCAGUGGCAGAUACCUGACCCACCAGAAGGGACUGCCCAGUCUGCCUGUCCCCCCUCUGCAGCAGACCUGUGAGCGCUACAUCACUGCCCUGGAGCCCAUCGUGGAGGUGGACGAACUGAAGCACACUAAAGAGCUGGUGGAAGAGUUUCAGAAGGCAGGAGGGGUUGGAGAGAGACUGCAGAGAGGCCUGGAAAAGAGAGCACGCAUCACUGAGAACUGGUUGUCAGAGUGGUGGGUGCAGGUUGCUUAUUUGGAUUACCGGAUGCCUGUGGUGGUUCAUUCAAGUCCUGGGUUGGUCUUGCCCCGCAUGAACUUCAGUGAUAAGCAGGGACAAAUAAGGUUUGCUGCCAAACUGAUAGCGGGUGUUUUGGACUUUAAGACAAUGAUUGACAAUGAGACACUACCAGUAGAAUAUCUGGGAGGGAAGCCCCUGUGUAUGAAUCAGUACUAUGAAGUGCUGUCGUCCUGCCGUAUCCCUGGUCUGAAGAGAGACUCAGUGGUGAACCACGCCAAGAGCUCCAGGCCCCCCAAACACAUCACUGUAGUACACAACUUUCAGUUCUUUGUGUUGGACGUGUAUAACAUUGAUGGGACUCCACUGACAGCUGAUCAGCUCUGUGUUCAGCUGGAGAGAAUCUGCAGCUCCUCACUACAGACCAACAUGGAGCCUGUCGGCAUCCUCACCACCCAGCAUCGUGACUCCUGGGGGAAAGCCUACGUCAACCUCAUGAAGGAUAAGACCAACAAAGAAUCAGUGUCAGCUAUCCAAAAGAGCAUCUUCACACUGUGUUUGGAUGGAGCGAUGCCUUCAGUGUCUGAUGAGAUGUACCGCAGCUGUGCUGCCAUCCAAAUGCUGCAUGGAGGAGGCAGCCAGUGGAACAGUGGCAACCGCUGGUUUGACAAGACGCUGCAGUUUAUCAUUGGAGAGGACGGGACAUGUGGUGCGAACUACGAGCAUGCCCCAGCCGAGGGCCCACCCAUAGUGGCCUUGAUCGACCAUGUAGUAGAAUACACGAGGAAGCCAGAGAUGAUGCAGUCUCCCAUGGUGCCUUUGCCCAUGCCCCAAAAACUACACUUCAACAUCACACCUGAGAUCAAACAAGACAUUGAGGAAGCCAAGCACAACAUGAACAUACUGGCCCAAGACCUGGAUAUGAGGGUCAUGGUAUUUGGCCACUUUGGGAAAAGUGUUCCAAAGGCCCACAAGAUGAGCCCUGAUGCUUUCAUACAGAUAGCGCUACAACUAGCUUACUACAGGAUGUACCAGCGCUGCUGUGCCACAUAUGAAAGUGCCUCCCUGCGUAUGUUCAGACUGGGCCGUACAGAUACAAUCCGAUCAGCUUCAACGGCCUCAGCCACCUUUGUCAAGGCCUUUGAUGACCCCAGCAAACAGAACACAGAGAAGGUGGAUUUAAUGGAGAAAGCUGUAAAAGCACACAGGUCAUACACUAACAUGGCAGUCAGUGGCCAGGCCAUAGACAGACACCUUCUGGGCCUCAAGAUGCAGGCUGGAAAGGAAAAAAUCUCCAUACCUGAUAUCUUCACAGACACAGCCUACGCCAAAGCCUUACACUACCAGCUAUCUACAAGUCAGGUACCGUCCAAGACUGACUGCGUCAUGUGUUUCGGCCCGGUUGUACCCAACGGAUACGGCGUGUGCUACAAUCCUAUGAACGAUCACAUAAACUUUGCAGUGUCGUCUUUCAACACCUGUGAAAAAACGAAUGCAGCGCGUCUGGCCCAGGCCGUGGAGACUGCACUGCUGGACAUGAGGACACUGCUGGAUCAAACCCCAAGAGCCAAACUGUGAAGCUCCUCCAAACUUCACUUACUCUGCGUAGAUGAAGCGGAUGCUACAGGGCUAGUCUCAGUGGUGGCGCUAAUGAGUCAGACUUGAUAGGAAUACCACUCUUAGUGUGAUUGAGUGACAUUGAGAUGACCAGACCUCACACCUGGUGCAAGACUACCAAGCUCCAGAUGGUAGUCUGAACCAUUAUUCUGUUUUCUCACCAUAUUAUUGAUCGCCAUCAUGCACUUUAAAUGAUGCUGUGAUACCUGCUGUGUAGUGACUGGGAGGUGCUGUUCCUCUGGCAUUAAUAAUGAAGCACACACUUUUUUACCAGACAUUUCUGUUUCAAAGUGUAACACUCAAAUAUCAUCAACAGAAAUGAUCUCGUUAAUGGAUAUGGAUGGAUAUUUUAUCUUUUUAUUGUCAUGAAAUCACCCAGUGAGACCAGACUCUACAAUCAACUGAUUGUAUUAACAAAUAUUGUCUGCAUAGCCACAAACUGGUUUAUGCCAAAGUUCCUUAGACCCCCAUUGUCUAAAAACUGUUAAAACUAUUGAAACCACAGCUGCGUUCGAUGACAUUUUGCUUCAUUACGGCGUGGUUUACGAUGGCAUUUUUGAUUGCACCAUUGCUGCAUUGUACGGAGCCCGCCAGAAGUCCCAUGGUAGAAAAAUACAGGUGUGGAAACCCGAGUGCAUAGAUUUAGUCUCCACAAUCUCCACGGACUAAUAAUCCAUGUGAACGGAUUGAUAAACUGAGGACAUUUGAAACAAAGACUUCCAGACUAUGCAUUUGCCGCUUAGAACACGCCUUUCAUUUAGUGGGUGUAAAGAUUACAUAAUAAAUUACCCUUUUAAUCUGAAGGUCCGUAUCAUGAACGCACCUUUACUGAGCGUUUUUUGGUUUUUUGAUUUUUUCACCUCUCACAUCAUUCGUCCGUGUGCACAGAUUGCUACACUGAACAUAUGGUAUAUACAGUAAGUCCACACUCUUUAUUUAAUUAGUUUUUUAAUCUCUCCGCUCUGAUUUCCACAUCCACAUUUAAAAUUUCUACCAUAUGAUACCCAGCGGGCUCUGUAGUAUUGCAUUCUGUAUUGCUGUCUUUUUUUUCCUACUACCACUGGGAGUCACGAAAGUCCGAAUCGAGUCCUACAAAUAGGAUCUUUAUUGAUUUGAUCAGUUUAAAGUUGCCAUGUUUGAGAUGAUGUAAUAUCGGCUUUUUUGCAAAGCCAAGUGAUGUGAUGGUUUGUUGUUCAAAUUGUUCAAUACUUCCUCCCAAAUUAAAUGCAUAUUUGUUUUGUCCUUACAGUAGCAUGUUUCUUAAGUUGUAGUGUAGCACCGUUCUCCUUUUCAGCCCCGUCUCAAUGCACUCGUGACAUGCCAGCAGAAACCAUGGCAUAGUGAGAUUUUAUUAAUCCAGUGGUUUACUAUUGCAUGUCCAUAAAGUUGGGGGACAGAUAUUAAUAAAAGAAUGGACAGAAUCUGUGCAGCAGAG